AUGCGAGCAGUUCUAGUUAUCGGCGGUACUGGCGCGCAAGGCCUGCCGGUCGUUAAAUCUCUCUCCUCGAGCAAAUACUUUGCCGUCCGAGUGCUGACUCGAGAUGCAAAAUCUGCUCGUGCGCAAGAAAUCGCAAGGCUUCCUAACGUGACCCUGGUUGAAGGCAGACAAGACAACCAGGAAGAUUUGCAUCGAGCAUUUCAAGGUGUUUACGGGGCGUGGGUCAAUACCGACGGCUUUACCCUUGGAGAGAAGAAUGAGCUGUUCUAUGGCUGCCGAGCUUAUGAAAUAGCAAGGCAUCAAGGGGUGAAGCAUUACGUCUAUGCCUGCGCGGACUUCGCUCUUAAGCAUGCUAACUGGGAUGAGAAAUACCACUGGGGACACAAUGAUGCCAAGGGCAGAGUUGCAGAGUAUAUUCUAGCUCAAGGACAGGAAGGGAUGAAAAGCUCGAUCCUUACUACUGGGCCUUAUAUGAACAUGCUUUGGGAUGGCAUGUUUGUCCCCACUCAGCAACCUGAUGGGUCGUUUGUCUGGGCCAAUCCAGCAAAAUCUGGGAAAAUACCUCUGAUAGCUCUUGAGGAUAUUGGACCUUAUUCUCUUUGGCUGUUCGACAACCCUCAGAAGUCUGCCGGAAUGAAUCUGAAAGUCACGACGGAUGAAGUCAGUUUCGCGGAUAUAGCAACUGUCUUUACUGAAGUGACGGGAAAGAAAGGAAUGCACAAGUAUCUACCUCUUGAUGAAUACCUGCCUUCUGUCGAGCCUUUUCCGAACGCUCCGGCGAAUUUUGCCGCCGGACCAAACGCCGUCAGGGACGAAUCGACCAUGACGUGGCGCGAAAAUUUCUCGGCUUGGUGGAGGUACUGGGGCGAAGGUCGCGCCGAACGCAGAGAUAUGGCUCUUCUGGAUAGAAUUCAUCCUGGCCGAAUCAAGACUUUGGGCGACUGGAUGCGUAAGGUCCACUAUGAUGGGCAGCCAAAGAAUGUGCUCAAGGGGGUUGAAGAUUUGAAGAGAGCGGCGGCAUUGAUGCAAAAACAAGAAGCCUCGGUGCCCGUUUAA